UUCGUCCUGUGGAUUGUGAGGGGGCGCGCAGAGCGAAUGAGCUCCUGUUGGGGCCUGGGCCUGGGCCAUGACUCGCUGUGAUUCACAGCCCCCGCUUUCGGUUUGCUGCCUGCCCUUCCGCCUGUCGGUCCGAUGCACCCCUCUGACCCAAUCUGCUCGAGUGUCCUUCCGCAUACCAACAACCUCUUCGGGACCCAAACCCGCCCACAAUCGACCCAAGAUCGCCAUCGACAUCAUGUCGUCCCAAGUCAAAAACACCUCGCCUUCAGCUGAAAGCCCUGCACAGAUCUCAUCCGACUCGCAGUGCAGAGUCUGCCACAAGCAUCCAAUCCAAUACGCCGCUGUGCCGUGCGGCUGUCCGGCCCUGUGCAAGUCAUGCGCUAUGAAGCAGGCUACAGGCGGAAAGUGCAAAGUGUGUGGAUCGUUCUUUGGCGAGCUCAGGAGAAUAUGAAUAUACGAAUCCCUAUCAUCUACGACGAUCGUCAGUCAUGCC